AACAAGUGAAAAUCGAUGUACGCUAUUUCUUCUGUUCUAUUUAUGUUUGCUCAAACAGUGUAAAAUUUUUGUCAACAACAUGGAUUCAGCAUUCAAAAGGGACAAGGAUAACAAGAAGACAGUGGUGUCAAAAUUUGAGUUAUUUAAGAAACCCAUCAACACUCAUAAUGUACUGUUUUACUACGUGCCAUUCUACGGAGCAGCGAGUUACAGUGCUUUAUCUGUUAAUGUUUUAAAUCCCGGCUUGGGAGUAAGGAUGUUCCCGAAACGUGAUGUGACAAAUAUAUUGCUGUUGUCUACGUUAAUUGGAACUGGUCUGUAUAUAUAUGACAGGAAGCACAUGAGAGCAGCACCGAAAAUUCCAAAAGUUGGAUACAGUGUAUUUGGAGCUCUAAUGUUCAGUUUUGGCUCUGUUCUGAUGUGGGCAGUAAUGAGAAGCAUUCUACCAGAGAGCAGUAUCAUUGCUACAACCUGUGGCAUAUCGUCAGCACUUGGAUUAGUAAAAGCUGGAACAAAUUAUAUGGAGUUUGUUGACUCACAGGUGAAAAACUGAGUUUUUCUUAUGAAAGUACCCUUUGUAUGUUAUGAAUUUUCUGAGUACAAUUAGAUAAUUUAGCUUCAAUGUAAAGGAGUCACCAAUUUCAUUGUGUGUUACCAGAUAAUAUUUACUGUUAUGUAAAUUUAAAAGUGCCAAGCAUUUUUCCCAGAUACAAAUUCUGAACUGUAGUCACUUUGAUCAAUGACUGCACCCUUAUUACAAAUGUAUUUCUUAUUAAAGAGGCAUGCUGAUUACACCUCAGAAAGCAACAGGAUUUUUUUCUGUGUAUACUUCCUUCGUGUAUUUUGUUGUGCUUUCCAAUUUUUAAAUAUUGAGGAAUGUUGUUUCUGGCAGUCACCCUCAUAUUUUUGUUUGUUGAAACUGGGUUGUAACAACCAUUAAAAAAAAAAAAAAAAAAAAAAAAAA